GGAAGUAAGGGACUGUUCUAAACUGAGUGCAAAGAGCUAGUCUUCCUCUUUGUUUCCUACCAUCUUGUCUCACGGUGGUGUUCUAACAAACAGCAGCAGGAUAAACUUAGGUGGAUUAAUUAAAUCCUCGCACGUGCAAGGUUUAUUUUUUCAGACUCAAAAGCCUUUUGUUUGGCACUAAUUUUGAGCUUAUUUGGAAUACUGCUUUUGGCUUGUUCCAGCAGGAAAUAAAUCAAUUCAAACUUCUUGGUGUCUUCAUCUGCAAAAGAGAAAAAAUAAUACCAUGGAGCCACACGUUUUCACUGCUUUUGCACAGCCUGAUAUAAAGAAUGACAUUGCUCCAGGGGAGAAGAGGAAAUUCUUAAGUCCUGCCUCCUGCCAGAAUGCUAAAUUGGAAGAACUAAAAAUGUCCUUGAUAGAUUGGAUUAAUGCAACCCUGAAACAUGAACACAUAGUAGUAAAAAGCCUGGAAGACGACCUGUUUGAUGGACUUAUACUUCAUCAUCUUUUGAAAAAACUAGGCUCUCUGAAGUUGGACGUUGAAGAAAUUGCACUGACAGAAAAAAAGCAAAAACAUAAACUUGCCGUUGUUCUGGAGGCUGUGACCCAGUGUUUACGACUAGAAGAGAGCCAGCUGAAAUGGAGUGUUGACACUAUCUUCCAGAAGGACUUACUGAGCACUCUGUAUCUUCUAAUUGCAAUAGCAGAGCACUUCCAACCUGCUCUGGCUAUUCCUUCCAAUAUUAAUGUGGAAGUAAUAACCAUUGAGCGUACCUCAACAGGAUUAAAGACUGAAAGUACAGAGGAAUGUAUCACAGAGAGAAGAAAGAAUAAAGAAGAGGAGUCAAAAACUGCUGCCUUUGAUGAUUUAUUCACACGUGCACAGGACAAACUGGAUGAUGUGAAAAGGGUGCUUUUGCACUUUGUCAACAUUCAUGUUGGAAAAUUAGGAUUAAAUGUGAAAGAUGCUGACACUCAGUUUGCAGAUGGAGUUUUCUUGCUUUUGUUAAUUGGACAACUUGGAGGGUAUUUCCUCAAUUUAAGAGACUUCUUCCUGAACCCAAGUAGUGAAGCAGAAAUGAUUCACAAUGUUAACCUUGCAGUGGCUUUGCUGACAGAUGGAGGUAUUUUAGAUUUUCCUGUCAAUGCUGAAGAUAUUGUGAAAGGAAAUAUGAAGACUACAUUGGAGGUUUUGUACUGUUUGCAUUCCAAAUACAAGUCCAAAGAAGUAUGAAGAGUGAAACCAAGAACUAGAUUUUCAUGCUAGCAUAUUAUGGGUUUAACAUUCAGUCCCUAGUGAUAUGUUUGCAACUUUGCACAUGCAGACACCUGUGUAUGACACUUGUUGCAUUAAUAUGCUUUAAAAAGUGUGUAUGCAUGCAAAGUUGCAGUUACCUAACUUGUGCUAUCUAUAAAUGUGUGUAUUCAGGUAUUCUGCUGUUCUCUGGCUAUGAAUUUUACUGCAGAAUCCACCCUUUGCUCCCUAUAAGGCUCCAAAUGCCUCAAGAGUAAUCAAUGUGCUUCCCACCUGGACUUGUACUGAGGCGGCUGCAGCACCCUGAUAGAAUUGUAGCCCUUGGAACAACUCCCAGGGGGCUUGAAGCCCAUAGGAUGAUAACUUUGGUAGUAUAUUUUCAAGCAGGAUGGUAAGAAUAACUUCUAAAAAGUGGCUCUGUGGAUGAAAUUUGGCAAAGCAUGAAAUGUUUGAAAAAAUCUGCUUGCUUGCCUCUUAAAAUACAUUGGACAGACUCAGAAGCCUAUGCAGGCUUCCACACCUCCUACAAAAGUGAAAGAUUACUUUACUUUAGAAGAUUACGUAAAAGAGCCUGCUUAUUUUCCCUUUAAUCUAGCACCAGAUUGUGGGUUGCUGCAGCCCACUUCUCCUUGCAACUCUUGUGCACCUACACAUGGCCAGACUGAAUGCUAGCUUCUGAACUACCAAAGUGCAAGUGGAGAGACUAGCAUGACUCCACCUUCCCCUAUACAACAGUUCAUGGUAGGGUGGGUUGCUCAUUUUAUCCUGGUAAUAUUCAGAGUCAAGGAAUAAGGAGAAUUCACACAGAAACCCUUCUGUAGCUGCCAUUUCUGAGUUUGCUCCUAUGAAGCACACAACCUUGUUGAGACUAUACAGGAUACCUGUACCUCCAGCAGCUGCCACUAAGGCAGUGCACCUCCACAACCCCCACCCUAGUAUAGCUGUGCCUGAAAAAGCCGUACUCCUUUCCUUUAACUGCUGCCCUUCCGUUUAAGUCCAAGGCUCUUUGAGGCUUUCUUCGGCUUCAUUUGACCUUAAAGUUAUUUCAAAUUUGCGUUUCAUGUAUAUUUGUAUGUGUAAGGGUUUCUGAGAUGGGAAAAAGUGAGCUGUGAUUUCAUUUUGGCAUCCCUUUUAACCAAUGUAAUUUCCUGUGUCAGAGACUCUGACAUUUGAUUCCCAAUCAGAUUCCUCAGUCUGCGUAUUAAUAUGGGAAACCAAGGCACUCCAAGUUUGAGUAUUGAUAUUUAAGAAUUUGUUGUGUCUACUUCUUGAUUAUGCAGUCUAAAAGAGAUCCUUAGAUGGCAUUAUUGAUAAAUCAUCCCGUUGUGGCUUUGAAAAAGUAGAAUGAUGCAAAACUACUAGAGGAGAGAGUUCCUCCGACUGCUAUGAACAUAACAAUCCCAUUUGCAUUGACAGUAAUUACCAAGAUACAUUUUACAAAGGAAAAUCCACUGUCUGGUGCCAAUGAGUUACAAAAAAGAGCAUACUGUUUCAAUAACAAAAGUUAAUGAAAUCAGCUAUUAAAAAAUUAAACCUGAUAUACAUUCUUAUAGCUAUUUCCUAUAUGAAUCCCUAUAAAUAUUUUGUUUUAUUCUCUUGGCCCUCAUCUAUACUAGGGAGUUAUUUUGAGAUAACCCUUUAAUUUCAAAAUAACAAGCGGAGCAUCCACACUACCAAGCCUGUUAUUUUGAAGGAAGAGGCUGGUUAUUUUGAAAUAACUCCUGCUUUCCACAAGGAAUAAUGUUUAUUUGAAAAUGUUAUUUUGGGAGUUAUUAUUUUGAAAUAAGUUAUUCUGAAAUAAUGUUCUAGUGUAUAUAUGCCGUUUGUGAGCCCCAAACGUCUGAUGGGGGAAGCCCUUGAAAGUUGGUGUGCUUUAUUCACCAGUACUUUUACUAGAACAUUACCUGAAGCUUAGAACACAGAUUACUGAGGAUAUAGAAUGUCCACCAGAAAGGAUUUCAUGACUCUGGAGACUGGUACUAUGAUAUAAGCACAGCCAUUUGCUUGUAGGUAAUUGGUUAGAAUCCAGUUCAUGUCGCCAAUGACUGGACGUUAAAACUAGGUGAUAUGUUUUUAGUGGGUAAUGCAAAAUGAGCUCAUGAUCUCAGUCCAGUUCCUGGCUGUGUGGUAGUCUGUAUCACAUAAAUGAUUCUUUCCUAAUCUUUUCAGUCGAUGUUAUUCACAUAUGUAUUUUACAGACUGGGAAAAUGAGGUACAGAAACACUAACAAGUUAGUGUAGACCACAGAUGACCCAAAAAUGCUGACUUCUAGACGUUUCCUCUCACCUCCAGAAAUCACAUCUUCACAUUUUCCCUUUUUUCUUUCUCCUAAACAUGGCUGUCCAUUAAACAUACCCCUUCCAUCGAAAGCUCCAGAGUGCAAAUCUUGCAUCUGAUCACAUAAAAGCUCUUUAAAUAUGUUGCCCUGAAAUGAGUGAAGGCAUGAUCUCGAAAAUUGGAUAUGAACCUGAUUUUGAAACAUUAUUUUUGUAAAGGGGAAUUUCUAAUAAAUAAUGCAAUGGAACGGGGGUGGAGAGAAAGCAACUAUUUAGAUUCCAUCUCAUAGCAUUUAAAAUCUGUGGUCUGAUCCUCAGCUGUUGUAAAUAAAUAAAGCUCUUUGGAAGACAGUGGAUUGAUUUAUGCUGGACAGGGGCGCUGGAACAAUUUUUAUAGUGCGGGUGCCUGGAGCCAUUGACCUAAACUUGUAUAUAAUGAAAACCACUUCAAGUCAGAGAGUGCUGCUGCACACCCCCACACCUCAGUUCCAGCACUUACGAUGCUGGAUAGCUAUUUUGCUCCUGAAUAGGCAGUUGGACUAUGCUCUCCUUCCCACCUCACGUUCUUGUACACCCUUUUGUCAUGAAUAAUUUUUUUAGUUUUAUUUUUGCUCUAUGUUUUCAAAAGGAUAACAACGAAUGUGUGUGAAUCUGUAACAUUAAACUAGAGAGUGAAAAUGAAUAAUUUAAUGUGUCUUUCACACGUUGAGCCAAUUCAUAAUGUGCCUGAUGGCUUGAAACAUUUUGAUAAGCACAUGUCUGGUUAUAAAAAGCCUAAGUUUGAUUUGUAAAGCAUACUGUAGAAUCUUAGUAAUCCACCAUACAGCCUCCCACUGCAUAAUUCCCUAUAGAAAUAUGUACAAGUACACUACUUAUGCAUGGGACACAGUCAUAGAUUUGUCAUGAGUUGAUUAGUAAAUAUAAAGUGACAGUCCUAAAGCACAUAGUCCAUCAGCAUGGAAUUUGGGGAGGAGAAUUAUUUAUUAUUAUUCUAAGAUGUUAUUUGUGCCUGGCACAACCAGUGACAGACUUGUUCCCUUUUUUCUCUUCUUAUUGGUCAAUAAAAGAAAAACAUGCCUGCUUGUUCUGUAUUAACUGGCAAAUAUAUCAUUACAUUUAAGUAUGCCAUGACAUCUCUAUAUUGGGGUAUUCAUUUUCCUUGCCAUGUAAUUAAAUAUACAAAUGAAACUCUCCUGUAAUUUUUAAAUCCUAGUAUUUAAGCAUCCCCUGAUGGGAAAAUUGGGUGUGCUACUUGAAGCCUAGUGUAUUUUCUUUUCAUUACACAAUGGAAUGAAGGCUGGUAAGAAUUUC